AUGAUUGUGACAUACAGGCCUGAGCUUCCAGUGCCUGGCACCUUAGACUCUGGCAUCUACCUGAUUGAGUACAUCAUCCCCAAUGGUGUUCAAAAUAUUUCCCACCCCGCACCUGGAAAACCUUAUGUUGGGUGCCAGUUUCAGGCCUUUGUUCCAGCAACUGAAGAGGGAUCAAAUGUUUUAAAACUGCUGAGAGUGGCAUUUCUUCGCCGCUUGACUUUUACUAUUGAUAAAGAUCAAAAAACCUCAUGGAAUGGCAUUUACCUUUUGCUCCAUAACAUAAACCAACACAUAGUGCCAAAUUACUUGAAGAAGGUCACGGCUGAGCUGAAUGCCAAAGGUGUUACCAUGGAUAACUUGACACAGGAGGAGCUGGAUGAUUGGGAAAAGCUAAGACAACAACUGAUUAAACAAUAA